GAUGUGGGCGGCAAGAGUACAUACCUGCGCCAGGGCGCCUUGAUAUUGAUUCUGGCGCAGACUGGUACCUUUGUGCCUGCCAACGAAGCGCAGCUGCAUGUGGUUGAUGCCAUCUACUCGCGGAUCGGGGCCCAUGACAAUCUGGCACUCGACCAGUCGACGUUUAUGGUGGAGAUAAGCGAGACGACAGACAUCCUGCGGCAUGCGACCAGCCGGUCAUUGGUGAUCCUGGACGAGAUUGGGCGCGGUACGUCGACCACAGACGGAGUGUCGAUUGCCUAUGCGACACUGAAGUAUCUGCACGACAAGGUCAGAUGCAAGGCGCUGUUUGCUACACACUACCACGAGCUGGUGCCGCAUGUCGUGCCAUCGUUGGCCGGGGUGCAGCCGCUACAUACGGCGAUAUAUGAAGAUGGUGAGGGCGGGUUUGCGUUUUUGCACAAGGUCAAGCCGGGAAUUUGCGAGAGAUCGCAUGGCCUGUAUGUAGCCCAGAUAGCCGGGAUGCCCGAUGAGGUGCUAGAGACUGCCCGGCAGUUUGCCAUCAGGAGAUGCAGUGUUUAA